AUGGCUCUUGUUUCCCCUUCGAACAACCUCAUCUCCGAGGACCACAAAUUUGACUCAUCCAGCCCCUCUUCAGACUCAUUCAAGACGUUGGGAUUGGCAAAAGUGUCAUUGGGACAGUGGAUCUUGAUCUUGAGAGAAGAUCCGGAUCUACAAAUCAACGACGAGCCUCAUUUCGCACUCACGUUGCUCUAUCAUACUCGGACACAUCAGUAUAUUUAUCGGGUUUUCGGUCGAACCUUCCAAACAGGGGUUUUAAGGAGCUACUCAGAAUUGGUCUUGGAAGCCUCAAGGCUGUUUCAAAUCGGAGUUCCAUGUGUGGGUCUCCUGCUUGCUAACGGGCAGUUCCCGCUGUCUUGUGAGUUCUCUGAAACAUGCUCCAUUUUAGUCCCAAAGUCGAGAGAUACAAAUGUUUGUUCAAGUUGCGUAGAUGAGAUGCGGAUGCGGCGAUUGAAGGCCAAAACAUCAGAUAAGGUCAGGGGGUAUAAAAGGAAAGAUAGCGUUUUGGAGAGUGAUGAGGAUUUCAAGUUGGAACUCGAUGAUGUGGUAUUCCCUCCGGAUUCGGCUUUUGAUGACGAUGAGGAUCGAUGUGGUUUCAAGGACGAGGAUCCCAUCUUCUCAGCUCAAUCAAGACCAUUUGCUUGUGAGGAGUGCCUUGAGAAAUUUGAAACUGCUGAUGAGCUCAUUAGUCAUUUUGGCUCCGAUCAUCCGAAUGUGACUUCUCUGAGAUGUCCUCGUUGUGACGAGACGGUUUUUGUCGGCAUGGAACCAAUCAGGUUCUUAAGCCAUUGGCGAACUUGUCAGAAAAUCAAAAUCACGCCCAAAGUGGGUGGUCCCGGUGUCAAGUUCACUUACCAAUGCAAUAUUUGUGACGAGAUAUUCCACUACAAGCUGCAUGUCAAGCGGCACAUGCGAAAAUGUGUGGGAAGUUGUGAUCAAUGUGACUUUCUACCCAAAGACGCCAAUGACUUGGUCAAGCAUCGACAAGAGGUCCAUGAUAUUGCUCCAGACCAUGAUAAACCUGUUAAAGAGCCUUCAAUCUGCGCCGAAUGUGGCAAGACCUUCAGUACUGGGACCAAACUGAAAUAUCAUCACAAUAAGUAUCACGCGGAAGUGGAUAAGCACGGGUGCAAGAUCUGCGGCUUGAGAUGCGGCGAUAGCACUCGACUUCGGAAGCAUAUGACUGUUCAUGAUGACCCGAAAAUUUUGUGUCCAAUGUGCGGGAAGAAGCUAAAGACCAAGGAGAAUCUGAAAGUUCAUCUAAGAACUCACACGGGAGAGAAGCCCUAUAAAUGCGAUAUGUGCGGCUUCUGUACCGGGGCCAGUGCCAAUUUGAGUGUUCACAAGAAGUUUGUCCACGGAGGGAUUUCUCGGUAUAAGUUGAGAAAGAAGAAAAAAUCCCUCAAGACAGACGCCAACAAUUUACCACCACCACAUGUUUAAAAAAUUGGAUUGUUAAUUAGAUUAUAAGUGUAUUCUUUGCGUCUUUGAGCAACUAUUUUCAUGCAAUGUUAAUGCAGAAACACAACUAAUCCAAAAAACUUUGUUUCCUUGCCGGCUAUCCUCAUUUGCACGAUAAUAUCCAAUUGAUCCUUAAUUUAUCCGGAAUGGUCUCGGAAAGAAUGAAGUGGAAAAUUGAUGCAUGCUGUCAUAAAUCAAGAAUUGCCAAGGCCCUAAAGAUUGGUGGAAGCCUACAAGCAGAUAUUUGAAGAUUGAGCAGGUAAAUGCCCCUCCCAUCUCUUGAGGGGCUGAUUUUCGCACCUCUUGCAACUGAUAGAAAAAUAUCACCAAAAGAAUAUAUCAUCGAUUAUACUUCCAUCUGACCUAGGUGACUCCAGAGCAAACAACACCGUCGUUAAUCGUUACUCCAUUUUAUUUGAUCUAAGUGAAG